AUGACAAUACCAAUACACCACUCUCGGACAAUCUUGCCAUACUGCACAUGUUCCCAAUGCUGGUCCGCUCCAGAAAAGAAAGACCUCUGGAUAUCCUGCAACUACGGUCGAACCAUCUGGUUUUCUCGAGCUACUCCGAUGCUGACAUGCUCAAGCUUGAUUUUCGAGAUUGCAUGUUUAUGCACUUUGGCCUUUGGCUUUGCGUGGAUUUUGGGACCGAUUGCUGUAUUAAAGGGAUAG